AUGAAGCCCAUCUCCUUUGCUCAAAAGGAUAAUAUCCUUGUUCUCUCUACCUCUGGUUUAUCUAUCAGGAACAAUGUCGAGGUGUGGGCGCUUAGUACAACAGAAGUUGAGGUCAAAUGGAAGGAUCUGGAUAAAGCGGACAGAGAUGAUGUGCUUACUGUAUUGGAUGCAAGGAAAGUGUAUGAGAAGGGAAAAGGAUGGCUUGAUGCGCUGAACUUUCUGUGGACAGACUAUGUUGAGCUUCCUGGAACUUUGCAUGAGGACACAUUUGAGGCCAAAACAGCAAAGUUCUUCAACAUGGUGGCGGCAGAAUACCGAAAUUAUGAUUAUGCCUCUAAGCAGGAGGUUCUUCCCCAGUGGGAGUGGGUGUUUUGA